AUUAGAAUAAUGAAAAGAAGUUACACUGAUAAAGCUAUAUUUUACACGAUUAUUAUAAAAAUUAUCGGGACAUCGCUUGGGCAGACAUACACUGAAAUGGACUCUUUACUAGGACAUUUAUUCAAUGCUUCAAGAUAUAACAAAUUUGUUAGACCUCUCCACAACCAGACUCAUGUUAUCAAGGUAAAUUUUACUCAUAUUAUAAAAAGCAUUGAAGAAUUCGACAUCGCAUCUGGAGAGCUGCUUAUCACAAGCUGUUUUGAAAUCAAAUGGAUAGAUGAGAUGCUUCUUUGGGACCCGGCUUUGUACAGAGGUAAAUCAAAGAUCCCUUUACCCAAAGGAAUGUACUGGAAACCAGAGUUUUAUUUAACAAAUGGACCAGCAAAUGAAGACUCUUCGAUUUACGGCAGCGGAUUUGCACCUGCAUGGGCAACGUAUAAAGGAUUGGUAAAGGUAAUUCCAGCAGGAAGUUAUCAGACGAAAUGUAAUAUUGACACUACAUCAUAUCCUUAUGAUAUUCAUACUUGUAUUUUUCGAUUUGUUGUGUCGAACCACGACUCUUCAGAUCUGAUACUCAAUUCUCCAAAACCGGCUGUUUAUCUAAGUGGUUUAAAAGAACAUGGUGAAUGGGAAAUUAAAACCUUUAAUGCACAGAUAUUGCAUGUAAAAGAAAAUCACAUAGAAGAUGUAACAUUUCCAAUGUUUCAAACAUCAUUGUAUUUGAAAAGAAGACCAACCUUUGAAAUCAUUACUGCAUUCGCUCCUUUAACGCUUAUGUCUUGUCUAAAUAUGGCAACUUGUUUUAUACGACCUGACUCUGGUGAAAGGUUAUCAUUUGCAAUAACAUUAUACUUAUCAUUGGUCUUAACUGCAACAGCAGUAACUGAAACGAUUCCAAAAAAUUCUCUGAAAAUGCCCUACUUUUCGUACCAAGUUCUAAUGAUCAAUUGUAUCAAUACAGUUGGAGUCUUAUGGAGUAUAUUUGUUGUACAUUUUGCAAAUAAAUCAAGGAUGCCACAUUGUCUUCCAAGAUUUCUUGUGAAAUUGGUCAUGAAACGGAGACAGAAAAAUGCAAAUUUUAAAAUUGAAAGAGAAAAGUCUAGAUUAUCAAUGACGUCAUUUGAACACGCAGAUAAUAAUGAAACAGAUAUCAAAGCAGAAAAUGCAGAAAAAUGUUCUUACAUGAAAGGGCAAGAAGUGGCAGAGGCUCUUGAUGUAAUCUAUUUCUGGGUUGUCAUGCUUUGUUUAAUGGUAUUAAAUGCUAUAUUUGGAAUACUUCUUUUCAGAAAUGUGUAG